GUUGCUACCACCAGGGAGAGAACUAAAACACGCAGGAUGACGGCCCUCGAGGACUGACUUUGGGCACCCCUUGUCUAUGUCAUACAAUCUUAAAAUACUUUGUUUUUAAAAUGUGAAGUAGUUCAUUGGACAUGAAAACUUGUAUCAGCUAAAAUGUUUCAGGAAAGUAUUGACUUCCUAACAGGAUUAAACAGCAGGCACUUGCAGUUGCAGAGAGACUUUGACGUCACGGGUGGCUACAUGAGCCUCCCUGCUGUGCUUCAUUCAGCAGGAUCAGUUUUGGAAUUGAAAGUGAAGGGAGGAGGCAGCACAGGUCGGAGGCAUCAGGUGUGCACGCAGAGUGACUGGGGAGAAAGAGGAGAGGCGGCACAGCAAAUAGAUGAAUGGGAGCUGCGGCAUCGGAUCUGUGAUGAGAAGAUCAGAGGAGUCGGAAUGAGCCUGUUAAGAUCAGACACACGAGGAGCCUCAAUAAGGAGAUCGACUUCCACGAAUCUUCUGGAAAUGGGUGGAGAACAUGAUGGAGUAGGACAACAUUGAAGAAUGCUCUGUCUUGUGCACUUGUUUCUCUUUGGGUAAAUGCAUGAAGGUAGACUUUGAACUUGCUGGACCAUGGCUGGCAAGCAAGGGAGACAAUGGAGGUCCAUGUGCAAAGGCCUCAUCCUGGGAACACUUCUAACCAGCUGUAUGAUCCUGCUUUACUGUCUCCCCAUCCAACAAGCCCACUUCAACCCACCAGAGGUCCCAGUGCCUUAUUCCUGUGCCCAUCGUCCAUCCCAUCUUCACCCUAAAACAUCCUCCAACAUGUCCCAAAAAAACUCCAGCCAGUCAUGCUCUCCUAAAGUGGACAUAAUGUUCAUGAAAACACACAAAACGGCCAGCAGCACUUUCCUCAACAUCCUAUUCCGUUUUGGAGAGAAACACCAUCUUCAGUUUGCAUUUCCCAACAGCAGGAAUGACUUCUUUUAUCCAUCCCUUUUCCAACGUUCCCAGGUCAAAGACUACAAACCUGGAAUGUGCUUCAACAUCAUCUGUAAUCACAUGCGGUUCAAUGCUCCAGAAUUGGCUAAACUACUUCCUUUAGACACAUCCUACAUCACCAUUCUGAGAGACCCGGCAGAACUUUUUGAGUCAUCAUUCCACUAUUUUGGCCGGGUAGUGCCUUUUACCUGGACGAUACCAGGUGACGACAAGCUGACGGAGUUCCUGCUUGACCCCCACAGCUACUUUGAUCCAGAGGGCUUUAAUUCCUUCUACCUCAAGAACCUGCUGUUCUUUGACUUUGGACUUGACAACACUCUGGAGCUGGAGAAUCCACAGGUAGACGAGGGAAUCAGAUUAAUCUCGGAGCGCUUCCAUCUGGUCAUGUUGGUGGAACACUUUGAGGAAUCGCUGAUCCUGCUCAAAGAUGCUCUAUGCUGGGAGCUGGACGACUUGCUCUUCUUCAAGCUCAAUGCCCGCAAGGGGUCCACUGUGUCUAAACUUACCCCUGAGCUGAGGGCCAGGGCUCUUGAGUGGAAUGCCAUUGACUGGAAGCUAUACCAGGACUUCAACCAAACAUUUUGGAAGAAGGUAGAUGCCUAUGGACGGCAGCGUAUGGCCAAAGACGUGGCAGAACUUCGGAAAAGAAACAAAGAGAUGGCAUCAAUAUGCAUUGAGGGAGGCCAGGCCGUAGAAGCCGGCAGCAUCCAGGAGACAGACAUGCAGCCCUGGCAGCCAAUAGGAGAGAAGUCUAUCAUGGGCUAUAACCUAAAGAAGAAUGUGGGCAAAACGCAUCGGAAGUUGUGUCGCAAGAUGUUGAUGCCAGAGAUUCAGUACCUGACAGAACUGGGGGUGAACCUGUGGAUCACCAAGCUGUGGGGCCAUGUUCGAAACAUCCUUAACUGGUGACCUAGCUUCUGAGCAUGAAGCCAGGUCACCAAUUAAAAGAAGAAGAAGAAAAGUAUAUCAGAGUACAGUUGGCAGAUGUCACAGUCUACACCAAACACACUCUGUAAGAACAGCAGAAACUUUGUAGUGUUCAGCUUUGAAACACUGAAAGGGAGUGGAUAUGUUCACAACGAACUAAGUAGCCUCUGAUAAAAUCAGAAUUGUUGCCAUACCAACUAAAUUUUUACAGGAGCAUAGAACAGUUUAUAAUAUUAACUUAUGAAUAUCAAACUGUCUUCCUUGAUGAAAAUGUUUAACUUGUAUAAAAGGGUUUUGAAUGAAGGGUAAAAAUAUGGUGUGAAAACAGUGAAUGUACAAGUAUUAAAUCUGACACUGCUGCAUUUAAAAGGUAAAACUGGCCAAACAUUAAACAGAAAAAAAUCUAACAAAAACAUUCUUACAAAAAUAUCAGGAACAUUGUAAGAGAUGAAUAACAUCUUACUAUAGAAAUAGCUCUCUGCAGAGCUAUUAAAUUGUAAUAAAUAUGUAUAAUAAUGAUGGUUACCUUUUAAGAGUAGCACUUGAAAGGCCUAAAAACAGGGUGAUUGUAUAAUUCAUGGUAUUAAAAACGCAUCGAAUACCUGUUAUUUUGAUAUCUAUUGAAUAAUAUGAGGAAGAUCAUCACAUUAAUCAAAAAGGAAGUAAAGCUCUAUGCAAUCAAAACAAUAA